AUGGAACUGACAGAACGGACAGAUGCAGAAAGGCGGUCCAAACUCGCACACUCCACCCAGAAUGCAGAAGAAGAACGAUUCGCAGAGUCAAAACUACAACAAUCAUCGCAAGACUUAGCUGGAGCGGCCGUUCCCAAAAGAAGAGCGAAUCCAUCCGCAUUUGGAUUCAAUACGGCUGAGAUCGUGCAGCUAAAAGAGAAAAUGAGGUCUAGCGGAUCUUCGUUUGCUGGAAUGACUUCAACCUUUGCAGUGAGAAAGUCUACGGCGUUUACGCCGGUGGUAGAGCGCAAAGCAGCAGUUGGGAAUGUGAAUGGAGAUGAUAUUUGCUUCCAGUCAAGAGCACAACGAGCAGCCGCGCUCGAGAAGCAAUUCCAGGCAAUUCUUAGGAAAUGA